UUCGCAUUUCCAAGUUCCGAAUCUCGUCUUCUUCUAUUUGUCUCACUUCGCAGACACGCAGCUGAAUGCCCAACGCCGUUGUUGUCUAAAUCUACUUUGAUUCCACGAUUGAAGUCCUCUCGAGAUUUUCCAUACAACAUUAAGAAUGCCGGAGACGAGAGACAGAUUACCAAGGGAGGUCGACGUUAUGGCAUCGUACAGCAAUCGGAGGCGGAUCACUAGCGGUGGGAACAGAAAUUCGGAUGUUUCCAUCCUAGUGGAUGAGGCUGAGGAUCAAGCAACAAGAACUCCCUUCCGGUGGAGAGGUGCUUCAAUGGUGGGUACACCGGCAUCAAUGGCGGUUACACGUCGAAGGGGUGACCUCGGAAGUCAAAGAUUCGUGCGUUCCCCAAACUUUGGUAGAUCAUCGCCACUGGUCAUAGGGCGAGAAAACAUGUCCCCUGUGGUUGGAAUUGGCCGUGGUCUCCGAGGGCGAGGAAGCAUUCUUUUGCCUGCUUGGUAUCCAAGGAAACCUCUCAGGGACAUCACUGCUGUCAUGAAGGCAAUUGAAAGAAGAAGGGCACAUCAGGAAGAAGGUGAAGGCCUAGAAACUGAGAGUCCUGAACUCCAGGACCAGAUAGUUCAUGAUCCAUCUGUAUCUACUUCCCCAUUUCCCAUUGCUGGAAUUAGGCGCUGCCCACCAACAGUUGGCAAAGUGCCAAAGAUAUUGCGCAAUAUCACCAAUCAGGGUGAAGGAGGAUCGACUUGCUUAACACCUCAAAAGAAGCUCUUGAACAACAUUGAGGCAGUUGAAAGAGUGGUGAUGGAGGAGCUUCAUAAGCUAAAGAGAACUCCAUCUGCUAAGAAAGCUGAAAGGCAGAAAAGAGUGAGGACAUUGAUGUCAAUGCGCUGAGGUUUGACUGUUUUUCACUUGUUGCAUCAUCUUCCUCAAUCAAGGUUGAGAUUUAAGGAUGGGGGGGUUGUCAGAGGACAAUGAACAUCUGACUGGUUAAGUACUGUUUAUCAUCUCUUGAUGAUUGGAUUCUUAGUUUCACGAUCAUCCCUUAAUGAUCAAACUAUCCACUUUAGAGAACAUCCUCAGUUCUCCCUAAAUGUUCAUAUGCUAUUAGAGGCCAUAUAGAUUAGCAGAGAUCAGUUAGGCAAGAACAAGAGAGCUCUUUGUAGCUUGUUGGGGUUAUCAGUUUUUUUACUCCCGCUAUUCAAUAGCUGCAGUAAAAAAUAUGUAAAAUUCUCAUUUUCUGCUGAUAACUGUUGACUUCAUUUUCAAGUCUUUCCAAUGAAAUGUCUUACGACUUGAUGUAUGUUGUGUUACAA